AUGUCUGAGCAUCCCCUACCGGAACGGGGCCCUCCCCUUGCAGAGUCGGAGGCUCAAGGAUCACGGAAACGCCCUGCAAAUCCACCUUCAGACGCCCGGUACCCGCGUAAGAGGAGCUCGAAAGCUUGCCAUGUGUGUCGCGCAAGAAAAACCAAGUGCGACAACGUACGGCCCACUUGCGGCUUCUGCGCCUCAAUCAGCAUCUCUUGCUCCUAUGAUGAUACUGAGAGGGACCAUUCUUCAUUCGAUCCUGCCAGUCUCGAAAUCCUUCGGCAGCUGGGACAGGUUCUGGACUCGCAAGGUAACCUAUUGGAAGUCGUUCGCUCCAUUGCAGCAACGCAGUCGUCAGAAGCAGCGGCGUCAUCUCUGGUACCGUCUUCUGUGCCUAACAUCCCUACAAGCGGAAUUGCCGAAACCCUUGAUUGGGUUGAUAAUCAUGGAAUACAGCAACAAGCAGACUCACCACUAACGCCUCGCACCGCGUCUGUGAGUGUGGCUGCAGCUCGCUGGUUUGGGCUAUUCCGUGACGAGCUUCAAGAGAGGGAUGUCUCGCCUAGUGUCGAAUGGGGAUUCCCAGGUCCGCUGGACGGCCAAGAUGAUAAUGACAUGACACAGUUGCAACGUGCAACUAAACUCAUCGAUGAUCAACACCUGGAAAAAGAUCUUGCAAAUGAGGGUAGUUGUGAGCAAGAUAUGUGGCAGGCAUCAGAAAGCAUCUCAUUGCUUGAAAGAGAACAGAUCUUAUUUGAGAACUUUAUCCAUCGAAUAUGCUUAUGGCUUGAUCUUUUUGACAACGCCCGGACGUUCUCGACAAUAGUUCCACGCCUUGCAGCCCGGAAUGCGGGCUUGCUAAAUGCUAUCUUGGCUUUGUCCGGCUAUCAUCAGUCGCUCGACGAAACAAUACCCCAAGAAGAACGUAUAGGUCAGAAUAGCGCACUCCAGUAUUAUUACCAGACUCUACAUUACGUCCAGAAAGCUAUGCGUUAUCCUACAUAUCAGCGUAGUCAAGAGCUAAUGGCGACUACUCUCAUCAUCUCAACGUACGAGAUGCUUCGAGGAUCCCGGCAGGAUUGGCAACGGCAUCUCCAGGGAGUCUUUUGGAUUCUUCGGUCGCGGCAGAUCGAAGUGGAAGUCUCGAGCCUUGAAAGCACGACAUGGUGGGCUUGGCUGCGUCAGGAUAUCUGGGCGGCAUUGAGGGGAAGGCGUCGCACAUACAGCACAUGGACACCUAAGAAGGCGUGUUCGGACCUGAAUAGUUAUGAGUUGGCUUCACGUGCGGUUUGGAUACUGGCUCAGGUAAUAAAUUUCUGUGCUGUUGGCCCAUCCGAAGAGACAGAAGGAACUUUUGUCGGAAGAAUUGAGUGGGCGAGGGCUCUCAAGGAGAUGCUCCAGGAGUGGGAAUCGCAUCUGACGAUUGAGUUUUCCGAGUUGCCCGCUAUGACCCGCUAUGGAAGUCAAGUUUUCAAACCGCGACUCAUACACCCUCAAAGCUUUGGUAUAUUCUUCAUCCCCGCAGAGUCUUUCUCCGUGCUAAUUGCAAUCCUAGGCUUGGCCAUGCAGAUUCAUUACGUUUCGAGAAUUCUUGUCUGCGCUCAUGAGCCAAGUUUGGGCGGCAUGGAGAAGUUCAUGCACCGGCAAAAGACAAUCCAGGACAGCAUAGAGCUCGUCUGUGGUAUAGGUCUGACCCUGACAGAAGACGCAUCAAGUAUGAUGUCUUCACAGUGCCUGUUCAUUGCUGGCAUGUUUAUGCAAGAUGAUCGUCAGAGAGUCUGCCUUCUCGAAAUGCUUGAAUCUUGUCGUGACAGGUGCAGGUGGCCAGCGUCGUCGCUCGGCUUAGAGCUAGAACAAAUAUGGGCAAGUUUUGAAAAAGCUUAA